AGGCUAUUUAUGGUCGACGCGGGGUACGCAACCCGAGGCCGUGUCUUCUACGCGGUCUGAAGGCCCUUGAGAGCUGUGUGGUGGUGUGGUGUUAUGUUAGGCCUAGCCUGCUGACUGCAAUGACAUAAAAUGGCAAAGGUUAAAAUCAGUGGGAGUAUCUGGGGUACAUUAUUUUUUGAUCAUGCCAAUAGUCUUGGAGAUCAGGAGGGCUUCCUGAUUGGUGGAAUAACACGACAUAGGACAACAGACAUCAGUGAUUCUCAGAUAUCUUCUAGCAAGGAAGAGCUAUGUAUAAAUAUCCAGUCCUUUUAUCCAUGUGAGCAAACAGCCAGUUUUUAUGACAACAAGGGACACGUGGAUGUAGUAGAAUUACUCUCUGUACUUAAAGAUAACUUCAAGAAAGUUGUUGGUUGGUACAAAUUUCGACGCAACACUCAACCACAGAUUUCGCUGCGAGAGAGGGCAGUUCAUCGAAGCCUAGUCAAGGCAUUACACAAUGUGUCUAUGAAUACAUUUGUAAUAGGAAUGUUUACAGCACAACAGACUUGGAAUCAAUCAACACACACAUUUGGGUAUCAGUUAUCAUAUUUAAAUAACAAAAAAUUUGUGCCUUUACCAGUUGAGGUCACUAACCUUGGUGACACAUCACAAUCGGAAUACAAGAGAAUGAACAGUCAAGACAGGCCCUCUACACUCGCUGUGUACGAUUCAAUACUUGGAAAAUACACGAGUGUUUUUGCAGAUGCUAAAGGCAAGUCCAUAGGUUUGCAACACAUACAGGAGAUGAGUACAGCCAUGCAAACAGAACUACAGAAAAUCAGUCAAAAUCUUUUAAAGAGUGAGAGGGAUGUUAGCAAGCUUCAAUCAGAGGUUGAUGAACUCCGCAAAAAAGCAGCAGAAAAAAUACCAAAGAGACCAACAGAAAUCAUCAAUCAUGACCAAAAACCUGUAAACAAUACAGCGAAUAAACAAACAGCUGAGAUAAUUCCAGAAACAAUCCAUAGGAAUGUAGUCAACCAUCUAUCACCAAUAAGCCCUACUGGGAAUUUCAGUUUAGAUGAACUUAAAUCUGGUAAUAGGCAAAGGUCAAGGGAAAUAUCAAUGGAUGAAGCAAUUUCAGAAGAGAUGGAAGUUAAAGAUGAAAAAGGAGAUAAUGAGGAUCCAUUUGCCGGUCUGCUAUCUGAAAUGAAAAAUGCUUUGCAAACCUCACCAGGAUAUAUGAAAGGAAGGCAGAGAUUACGCACAGGCAGCUUCGAAACGAACAGAAUGAAUGAAGGACUGAAAGGAGGAAUCUCGAACGAUCUGAAUUCGGUUAGAUUGCGUGCUUUCAGCGAUCCACCGCAGCGUGAUACCACGCAAAAACCAAAGUCACCGUCUGUAAGGAAGCAAGUUGACGAGGAUGUUCUGAUGGAAGAUGAAAGUUUGUUAAGGUCACCAACAACGCAAGACAGUGAUGCAAAGAGCUUGUCAAGCGACCAAUAUGAUGCUUAUUGUGAAUCGGCUUCUCCCACCUUUUAAUAAUGUAACAGACCUCUGUUCUCACAAUCACGUUUUAUGUGAUGAAAAUAUGUGAAUUUUCCCUCUCCUCACCCCAUCACUCCCUCUUAAAAAUUAUAAAUGAAGUCUCAGUACGAAGCUUAUGCUAUGACUGCACUCUCAAGUUUUAUGUGACAAAUAUGCCCAUAUAUGGGCAACAUGAUGUCACAUCAUGCCCAUAUAUGGACAAAAUAUCAUAUUACACCUAUAUAUUGGUAAAUCAUGGUAUUUAAUGUACCCGUCGUAUGAUGGUCCUGGUGCACAUUCGGCUGCCGCAGUGUCACCAGGGGCCCGGCCGAAAUUUCCUAUAUUUGGAAUUAGUGAGAAAAAGAAAAUUUUAUCAUUUUUUUUGUAUAAAACUGUGUGGUUAGAGAUUUAAGAAGUGGAGAUGUGUUUUAGUCGUGAAAAAAAAUAAUGUGCUGUCAUAGGGCUUGAUUAUGGGAUUGGAAUGAAAGCAUCAAACCUCCUAAAUACACAUCACAAAUAUAGUAUGCAAAUCAAAGGUAUUUAUCAUAUGCAACUUGAGAGUGUGGACAAGGACUAAGGCCCCAGUAUACUGUAUUUUUGGAUACCAAUCAUUCAAUGUUUCCACCUAGUAGGGAGUGAUUUGUUUGAACCACCGACCAGGGCAGUAAUGUGAGGCAAAUCUAGGCCUUGUUAGCAUGAUGUGCUAUACAACAGAGAUAUUUUAAUUCAUUAUCAAUAAUGUAUAAAUGAGUACCUUGUAGGAUUGUGUCAUUGACCAGUGGUGUUAUUAAUGUUGCAAGAAUUUUGACACUGUUUACAUGUUGUAGACGCUGCUAUAUGAAGCCAUAUUAAUGAUAUCUACAAACAAAUAUUGUUAAUGUGUACUGUACUAUGUGCUAUCUGACUACAAAGUGCUUUGUUUUCAUAGAGAAAUGUGUCUCAAUUAUUUGUUUUUCAUUUGCUAUGACAAGUUUGUAUAUAGGAUCUGAGGGAAAAUCAACUGAUACAGGGCACAUGUAGUAAUACUUUGAGGUGCGACCUGUUUAGCGAGAUAUCCAUUUCAUAUAGAUUCAUUCACUAUGGAGACACCUGUGGGAGUGGAAACCUUUUUAAAGGGGACACCCGUAUGUGAGAACAUUUGUCUGAUGGGACACAUAUGAGGCGAGACCUGUGUGAAAGGACAAACCUAUCUAAUGGAGCACAUGUAUGACUGGACACAUGUGAUGUGAUAAUACUCUUCUCUGAUAUGAUACAUGUUUGGGGUGACACCUGUUUAAGAACAUGCAUGUAUGAGGGGACACUUGUUUGGGAGGAUGCAUGUAUGAUGGGAUAUGUGUGAUGUGAGAAUAUUCUUGUCUGAGAUAAUGCGUGUUUGAGGGGACACCUGCUUGGGAGAAUGCAUGUCUGUGGGGACACCUGCUUGGGAGGAUGCAUGUAUAAUGGGACAUAUGUGAUUUGAGAAUACUCUUGUCUGAUAUGAUACAUAUUUGAGGGGACACCUUUUUGGGAGAAUGCAUGCCUGAGGGGACACCUGCUUAGAAUGAUGCAUGCAUGAUGGGACACCAUGAGAAACCAAAGUGUACUUGUCAUGAUUUCUUAUUGAAAAUUUAUCCACUGUUAAAUAUUUGCAAACUUGCUGCAGUUGUAAUAACUCUGUAAAAAAUGUAGUAUCUGUUGACAUUUUAGCUAGAGGAGAAAUUUAAGUUUUUUGGUAUCUUUUCCUUUGGUGCUUUUCAUUCUUAUAUUUCUCAUUAAUAAUGAUGGUAUAAUAGAAAAAUAUGUAAAUGUGAACAACUGGAUUUUAAAGCUUUGUCUGCACUAUCAAAUUUCAUCAAAAAAGCAUCACAUAAAAUGUGAUGGAAAAUAAGAUUUGAACACUUUUUUUUAUACAAUUUGAUAAUAUGUGUGAUAUGACAUCAUCGUAUCUAUAUAUGGGCACAUGGUACCCAUACAGUAUAUGGGCACAUCACAUUUUUUUGUCAGAUAAAGUUUGAUUUUGUAGACAAAGCUUAAGAAUGAUGUAUGUGUACAGAAGGUUUCGAUGGUUAAUUAUAAAUGUUAAUAAUUGUGGGAAUUUGGGCAUUCAAACAUCAGUUAAUUUUAUAAAUGAGGAAUCGCCUCAGUAACACAUUUUGUUUAGUAAUCUUUUUAAUGUAAUAUUUAUUUUAAUAAAUAAUAAUGUAUACUUUGCUACUUUAUGAAAAAUUGAAUUGUUUUAAAUCUGUUUUUUAUGAUAUAGGUUAAAUUAAACCUGGGUUCCAUAAAAUUGCUACACUGUUACUACAGGGUUUUAACUGAAAUCGUGGUACUGCAUGCUGUCCUGAAUUCAAACUGUCAGUGAUAGCGUGUAGGGAUUUUUUGUAAACCAGCCUUUCAAUGAGUGCUAAUACACCGAAGUUAACUCUACAUGUGUCUUAUAGAAUGCAUUUACAAUCAAUCUGAAUAUUCGGAAGUACAAUUGGCUGCCUAUAUUAACACAUUCUUUGCGUGGUGUGUAUUUACAACAUACGAUGCCUGAAGUCUGCUUGCUUUAAGAUCUUAUUACAGUACAGUACCAUUAUAUAUAUAGGCCCUUUAUAACUGUAUUUUAUGCAAGCAAUGUUAUAAGGAAUGCUAAAACUGCAUGUGAAAUUAUCUGCAAUUAUGUUAUGAUGAAGUACUGUAUUUAGUUAUUUUCGAGGAUAUGGAUUUAUAUACAUAUCAAUGUUACUGUAUAUUAAUCUUGGUUUGAGAGAUAUAUUUAUAUAAUUUCUGGUACUGUAUUUUCAUCUUUUUCAACGAUAUGAUACAAAAUUAAAAAAAGUAAAAAAUAUAUACU